AUGGCAGCUUCAGUCUAUUUAGGUUCCCGCACACCCUCGAGGUCUGUUGAGGUGAUUUUCUUCCAGUACCACAAGUUUCAAAGUCUCAAAGAACAAGCCCAAUGCUCAGCCUCCUCCAUCAUUCGACUUGCAUGCGCAAUAUGUUUACAGGCUUUCUCGCCUAGCGAGCGUAUUUGCUUGGCUUUCCAGGGCAAGGAAAAGGUCUGGCAACCUUGGAGUAAAAGCAUCAGUUGUAAUGACAGAAUUUUACCUUUACUCCAAGCCGAACUUGACACCCCGCAAAUAAGUCUGCCAGUGGACGAGGAUAUCUUCAGACAUGCGCUCUCAGUCUCUGCUCUUGAGGAAGACUUUCAGACAUUUGAGAACCAACCGCCACUGGCAAGUCUGAAAGGAGUCUACCAAGAUGUAGAAAUGCUCUUUACUGCCAAGUGGGACCACUUCACCCGAGGCAUUUUAUUGAAGUGCGAAUACACCGUGUCUUGUCUGUCAGACUGGCAAGCUAGAUGCAUCCUAUCCACCUUCCGGCAGGUGCUGGAGAACAUCGUCUCGAACCCUUACUCCAGAGUUGCGGAAAUUGAGCUCAUGAAUGACCGCGAUUAUCAACAGUGUCUUGACUGGAAUGAGCGCUCCUCGGACCAUUCCGAUAUCAGUGUGGACAAGAUGAUCGACAAGCACAUCCAGGAUUCUCCCCUCAGCCCAGCUGUAGAUGCAUGGGAUGGCCAAUUUUCUUACGCUGAGCUACAUGCGGUUUCUUCCAGAGUUGCCCAAGAGCUUCGACAGCGUGGCAUCGGCCCUGAAUCCACCGUUGCGCUAUUCUUCGACAAGAGUGUUUGGAACAUCGUAGCUACUGUGGCAGUUCUCAAAGCCGGCGGUGCAUUCGUUCCCUUGGACCCCUCGCAGCCCGACAACCGAACAUCUUUCAUUUUGGAAAGGAUUCAGGCAAAAGUUGUUUUGUGUUCCGAAAUCUAUACCCAGCACCUGCUGCACUUUUCCCAGAAUGUACUUGGCUUGGGUAACUCUUGGUUUCAGGUGGCCCCUUCACCCAUCCCUCAAAGCGCUUCGACCAUUUUGCCAUGGAACCUGGCGUAUGUCAUGUUCACCUCAGGAAGCACAGGAGAGCCCAAAGGUGUGAUGAUUGAUCACUCUGCUUGCGGUGCAAGUGUCGUCGCUCACGGGCAAGCGACUGGCUUCAGUCACAACACUAGGACUAUCCAAUAUGCUCGCCACACUUUCGAUGCAUCCAUUGCGGAAAUUUUGACUACACUUGCCUUCGGGGGAUGUAUAGUCGUUCCAUCUACGGAUGAGCGGCUAGACAACAUCACAGCUGUCAUUCAGGAGAAGAGGGUAAACUGGGCAUUCUUUACGCCUUCAGUGCUUCGUCUGCUGGAGCCUUUGGAGGUUCCAGGCUUGACGACUGUCGUCGUCGGCGGCGAGUCCCUAGGCCAAGAUAUUAUCGAGGCAUGGGCAGCAGGCCGCAAUCUCAUCAAUGGGUAUGGCCCUACCGAGAACACCGUUUUUUCCACCAUGCACCCAUUGUCACUAUCCUCCAAGGCAGGGGCGAUCGGACGCGGGGUUGGUACACUUUGUUGGAUUACCGAUCCUGAAGAUCCUAACCGUUUGUCACCCCUCGGGGCUGUCGGCGAGCUGCUGUUAGAAAGCUCUCAACUUGCAAGAGGCUACUUGAGCUUUGCCGACAACGAAGGUCCAAACCAAGCUUUUGUUCGAGAUCCGCCCUGGCUUGCCAAACACGGUCGCCGGUCCAGACUUUACAAAACCGGAGAUCUCUGCCGCUUCGACGAGAAUGGUGUGAUUCACUUCGAAGGCCGCAAGGACACUCAACUUAAGAUAUCUGGGCAGCGUCUGGAGGCUUCAGAGGUUGAGUACCACCUUCGAGCUGCAUUUCGCACCCCGGACAUCAUCGUAGAUGUGCUUAAUCGACCGACUCAAGACACAAAGGCACAGUCUAAGGUUCUCGUAGCUUUUGUUUGCCUCCAGAGAGAAUCUGACCAAAGGCCAGACACUGCGUCAAACUAUAUCAUGAUUCGGCGGCACCCACCUCUUCUAGAAGCAAUCCCCAAUGUCGAAGAGGAAAUGUCUCAAAAGCUUCCAUCAUGGAUGCGUCCAUCAAUCUACAUCCCUCUCUUUGACUUCCCGUUGAGCCCAAAUGGGAAGGCUGACGUCAAGAGACUCCGACGUGAAGCCGCAUCCCUGACGGCCGAGCAGUUUUACCUCUUCGCCCAGACUGACGCUAUCGUGCAAGUCGAAGAGACGCCCCAGCUCUGUCUCCUGCGAGACCUCUGGGCUGAGGUGCUUGGAAUCCAGCCUGUCGCGAUCGUGGCUACGAGUAGUUUCUUCCGUCUUGGCGGAGACUCGCUUGCGGCUAUCAGUCUAGUAAAUGCUGCUCGAAGAAAAGGAUUGCAACUGAGUGUCGCUCAGAUUUUCAAGAGUCCUUCUUUGCGAGAUCUUUGCCUACUUGUGACUGAGUUCAAGAAGACGAUGUUUGAGGUACGGCCGUUCGAGCUUGUCAACAAGGAAGGCUUUAGAGAAGUACUCGAUGAGAUUUCCUGCGAAUGUGCCAUUAGCACAAAAGACAUCGAAGAUGUGUUUCCUUGUACUCCUUUACAGGAAGGUCUCAUGGCACUAUCUUCUUCGACUCCCAACUCUUACUUGGUACAGUACGUUCUUGACACCACCGUCGACAUCGAUAUUGCAAGGUUGAAGAUGGCUUGGGAGACUGUCGCCAAGGCUCACGGAAUGCUCCGUGUCCGAUUGGUUGACACCAUUUCUUCGGGUAUCCUCCAAGUCAUAGUCCGAGAGAACUUGACGUGGAACGAGAGCUUCAAUCUCGAAGAAUAUCUCGAGGUGGACUUGAACGUACCUUCAACCCUCGGAGUGCCGCUCAAUCGGUUCGGCAUCAUAUAUAAUGCAAGAGGGGACGCUUCUCACAUGGUAUGGACGGUGCACCACGCUGUUACUGAUGGCCAGGCUGUUGGCCUCACCCUUCAAUCAGUACGGGAUGCGUUCCAUGGUGCUCUUAAGUCAACUCAAGCUUCCUUCGCCUCAUUUAUGAAGCAUUUCAAGGACAUGCAUAUGGAAUCUGCAUCGAGGUACUGGAGCUCAGUCUUCGAGGGAGGAGAGUUUGCAUCAUUUCCGAGGAAGCCAUCAGCAGUGCAUGGUGCCCUGGAGCAUCAAGGACCAGCUUUUGCUCUUCGAAAAGUCCCUGUGCCAUCAUCAAGUACGGAUGCCACUGCAACUACUAUGCUGCGUGCAGCUUGGGCAUUGGUCAUUAGCCGCUUUAGCAACUCUGACGACGUCGUCUUUGGUGUUACAUCGUCUGGGAGGAAUGCCCCUUUUGACAAUAUCGAUUCCAUCCUCGGGCCAAUCAUCGCAACUGUCCCAUUGAGGGUACGAUGUAAUGGCUCAUCGACGGUCCGCGACUUGCUUGACAGCAUACAGAUGAGCACGAUCAACAUGAUCCCUUUCGAGCAGAUGGGAAUACAGAAUAUUGCUCGCAUCAAUCCUUCAUGCCGAUCAGCCUGUGACUUUCAAACUAUGAUGAUCGUACAGCCAGAGGUCGACAUGGCCAUGGAGAACGGUCCAUUCGUCAGCUAUCAUAGGCCUCAGGAUCUUGACAAGUUCAGAUCUCACGCUAUCAUGUUUGAGUGCAAUCUUGGACAGCACGAGGUCUUUCUGAAUGUGAACUACGAUCCUCAGUCUGUCGAAGCUGCCGAGAUGGAACGCCUUGUCGACUACUUCGCAAGCGCUCUUGAGUUCCUGGCAUCUUCCGAACACCAAGUCCUGGAUGAUUUCUUCCGCAAUCCCAUCGCAAAGGAUCUGUCCGAUAUCAGGGAGUGGAACAAACUUCCGCCGCAAAUGGUCGAUACAUGUGUUCACACAGUCUUCGAAGAACACGUGCGCAAUCAACCCGACGCUCAAGCCGUUUUCGCAUGGGAUGGUUCUCUGACCUACCUUGAACUCGACACAAUGGCAUCCCAGCUUGCUCGAGUCUUGAUGGAACUGGGUGUUGGGCCAGAAAAGAUGGUACCAUAUUGCUUCGAAAAGUCAAUGUAUACCGUCAUCUCGAUGCUUGCCAUUCUCAAAGCGGGAGGCGCGAUGGUCCCUCUUGACCCCGCCCAUCCACAGGACCGCAAAGCGUUCAUUGUUCGCAACACAAUGGCAAACGUGGUUGUUGCUUCUGGUGGCAAUGCAGAUGCGUUCGCUGAACUGGAUGUUCGCACUGUUGUUGUUGACUCAAACUUCUUUGCCAAGGUUGAGGAAGUUGGAGUUGCCACCUUUUCUAACCAUGAGGUUGAACCAUGCAAUGCCGCAACUGUCAUCUUCACAUCUGGCAGCACUGGACAGCCCAAGGGUGUCAUUCAGGAACACAAGACCUUGUGUUCAGCGGCCAAUGCUCAUUCUAGUGGGAUGCACAUGUCCAAGGGCUCAAGGAUCCUCCAAUUCUCCGCUCAUGUCUUUGACGUCAGCAUCAUUGAGAUUGUCAAUUCUUUCGUUCUUGGAGCCUGCAUUUGUGUACCAUCUGAUGAAGAGAGGAUGAAUAAUCUCGCCGGGUUUAUUUCGAGGUCGCAGGCAAAUUGGGCCUUCUUCACUCCGUCCUUCGCAAGAACUCUUGAGCCGAAGGAUCUCCCCAGCAUCAAGACUAUCUGCAUGGGUGGAGAAGCAAUGACCAUGGAUUGCAUCGAUACCUGGUCUGAGAUCGUGCAGCUCAUCAAUGCGUACGGUCCUUGCGAAGGCAGUGUCUGUACCACUGCUAAUAUCAGUAGUGGUGGGUUCAAGACAGAUUCUAUUGGUCAUGGAGCCAACACUCUCGUCUGGAUCGUCGAUCCAGGCAAUCAUGACAUCCUGGCACCAAUCGGCACUGUUGGUGAGCUUUUGAUCGAAGGGCCCAGUAUUGCUCGUGGAUAUCUCGGCGAUCCAGACAAGACAGCCAAGGCGUUCAUCACGAAUCCGGCUUGGGUCACCCAAUUCGAGACUGGCAUUACUGUCAGAAGACUGUACAAGACAGGCGACCUCGGAAUGCUGAAUUUCGAUGGUUCGAUAUCUUAUUUCGGACGGAAAGACACACAAAUAAAACUGCGCGGACAAAGAGUUGAGCCCGGAGAAGUGGAACAUCAACUCACACAGCUGUUGUCGCCGGGCUCCAUUGUAGCUGUUGACGCCCUCGUACUCUCUGGGUCUUCAAGCAAGUCGCUUGUAGCUUUCAUUCAGCUAGAAAACAAUGGUUUCGGCUUUGCGGAGAAGAGAGACAUCAUCGAGGGCAUUUCUGGUCGCUUGACGCAACAACUGGCUUCUGUGCUUCCCGCCUACAUGGUUCCCUCGCACUUGAUCCCAGUCGAGGUCAUUCCUUUCACACCGACUGGGAAGCUCGAUCGGCGCACAUUGAAAGAAUAUGCUUCGAAUUUGUGCAUUGCAGAAAAUCCAGAACGCGGCAUGGUGGAGGAAGAUACCGACAUGCUAGCGGCGAGCGAGCACAUUGCUCUGAAUAUCAGCAACAAGCUUGCCGAGCUUCUAUCGGUUGGCGAUUCUCAGAGAGCAGGAACCUUGCGUGGUCACAACUUCAACCCUUACUACGCUGGGAUGGACUCUAUUCAGGUCAUUUCACUGUCAACAUUCAUUCGGAAAAACUAUAAUGUCAGCAUCCCGAUUCAAAAGUAUAUGAACAGCGCGGCGACCAUCAGGGAGAUUGCACAAUUGGUCUUUGAAGAUCAGCAAGGGUCGCAUGAUGACAGCACCAUCGACUUGAUGCAUAAGAUUGAAGUUCAUGAUCGACCACUCGCAGCCUCGCCGUUGCUGAAAUCAUAUGCAGAGAUUGAGACAUUACAUACCCCCAGGAUCAUCCUCUUAACAGGAGCCACCGGAUUUCUCGGAAACCAAUUGCUGGCUCAGAUCUUGCAACGGCCGCAGACUCAGAAGGUCUUGGUGUUAGUCAGAGGCCAAGACUCAGUCCACGCCACUGAGCGACUUUUGUCUCUUGCUCGUGGCAGCAGUUGGUGGCAAGAAGAGUAUGUCAAUCGCAUCGAAGUCUGGCAUGGCGAUUUAUCUCUCCCACAUUUCGGUCUUCCAGUCGCGCUUUGGUCUCGACUCGAUGGCACGAGCGUCAGUGGUGACUUGAUCGAUGCGGUCGUCCACAACGGGGCAGUUGUCAACUGGAUGGCCGACUUUCAGGCGCUGACACCAGCCAAUAUCCUUUCGACGGUCAACAUUCUCACGGCUUUGACAAAAGCGAUAGCAUCUCGCCCAGUUCGCCUGACUUACGUAUCAGGCGGUCACUUGUCCACUUCUCCAGACGAUGUCGGGGAAAUCGCUGCGGAACUGAAAUCGUAUCCAGCCUACAGUCAGACCAAAUUCGUCGCCGAGAUCCUGGUCGCGCGAUACGCCGAACGACUGAUCGACGCUGGCUUCGGCUGUUUGGCCACGAUUGUCAAACCUGGCUUGAUCAUGGGCAGCUCCUCCGACGGCAUCUCAAACACGGACGAUUUCCUUUGGCGGUUGACAGCUAGUGCAUUGGACAUUGGGAUGUUCAAUGAUAGCGAACGCGACCUGUGGCUCGCCGCUGCAGGCGUUGAUCUCGUAGCCAAGGCCAUUCUUGACAGUUGUUUCUACCCUGAAAUCAACGGAAGUCAUCAUGUUGUUAAGAAGGUCUUGAAUGGUCUCACCAUGGGAGAGUACUGGGAUAUAGUCAAACAGGAAACAGGCCAUGCAAUGGAGCCGAUGGACUCCAAACGGUGGUUGAGGAGCUUGCACGAAGAGGUCAACGCAAAAGGGCCAAGCCACAGGUUGUGGCCGGUUCUCCAUUUUAUUGAAGAUACUGACGGCAAACUCGGUCAGCCCCAAGGGACGAUGACGCUUGAUGACCAGCUGAAAGAUCAGGAUUUGGUCAAAUUGUCACUCAGGAAGAGCUUGGGAUACCUACUCGCCAUCGGAUACAUGCAGACAAGUAGGACAAGCAGUGUGGAUGGAGAUAGCUCAAGUGAGCCUACAUUGUCAGUUCCUAGGCCAAUGGUGUUCUCGAGAACGCCGACAACGCCAGUAUGGAACCAAACAUCGACCUAUCAGAAGCGCUUAGGAUACGGUGAGGAGGGGUUGAAGUUGGCGGGAUCCAUGGUGGUCACGCCGUUGAGGACACCUAGUCCCUCAUCAGAUGUCGUGCCGAUCGAGUAG